AUGGUGCGGAACUUCCUGGCCGGCGGCGCCGCGGUCAGCGUCAUGUCGCGCAUGCUCGGCGUGCGGCAGAUCGUCGCCGACGCCGGCAUCGCCGCGGACAGUCUGCCGGACCAUCCGGACCUGCGCUCCGUGCGUGCCGGGCGCGGCACCGGCGACAUCAGCCGCGGCCCGGCGAUGUCGCCGGAGCAGCGGAGCGCUGAGGCGCGGCGUGAGCCUCGCCGCCGAGGCGGCGACGCGGGCGCGGACCUGAUCGCCACCGGCGACAUGGGCAUCGGCAACACCACCGCGGCCAGCGCCAUCACCGCCGUGAUGACGGGAGCCUCGCCCGAGCACUCCACCGGUCCGGGCACCGGCCGCACGCCGGAGGAGCUGCGCCGCAAGGUGGCGGUGGUGCGCCGGGCGCUGGAGCACAACGCGCCCGACCCGGCGAUCCGCUCGGCGUGCUGGCGAAGCGCCCUGCUGGUGGCCGCGCUCGCCGCCCUGACCCGGCGCGCCCUCCACCUGGACGGCUUCAUGGACACCUGCGACGCCCUUCUCGGCGGCUUCGACCGCGAGCGCCGCCUGGAGAUCCUGCGCGAUCCCCACGUGGGCGCGUUCGCGGUGGUCGGCGUGGUCUGCCUGCUGCUGGUCAAACUGGCGGCGCUCACCGACCGCGCUGCCGGAGGGGAGCCGGACGGGCAUCCUGAUCCUUCGUUCCCGUACGCGCGGCGCGAGGGGCUCGGCACGCCGUUCGUGAGCCGCAGCAGCCGGUUCGGGCCGUGGGCCGGCCUGCUGAUCGCGGCGGCGGCCGCCGUCGCCCUGACCGGACUGCCGGGGCUGGCGCUGGCGGCGCUGGCCGCUGCGGUCGCGUGGGCCGGCGGUGCGUGGGCGACCCGGCAGCUCGGCGGGGUGACCGGCGACAUCUACGGCGCGGUGAACGAGACGGCCGAGGUCGCCGUCCUGGGGCUCGCCGUGCUCGUGCUCGGGUAG